GGGUUAUACUAAAUCGGUAACGAUUAACGAACACUAUAGCUCCACCUCGACGACGAUAGAAUCAACCGUCGUCCUCCGAACCAAGCAAACUCCGAUCCCUGAGAAAUCUUAUAACCGUGGCUUCGGAUAUCUUACGGCGGUUAUUUCCGGCUCGGACCCGAAGACCUUCCCCGAUUAUCCCUUUGACCCGGCUGGAGAUGAACCUUUUCCGGUUCUGCUCCGGUCUGAAAGUCCUCGGCUAUUUCAUGAUCCUUCUCGUCGCUGCCCUCGUCGCCGUAUCUUAUUACGCCGUCGUAGUUAACACAUGGUGGCCGAUUUUAAUCGAAAGCGGCCAUGGAGCUCUCUCAGCUCUCGCCUGCUUAAUCGUCUUCGUUUUCCACUUCCUGUUGAUAAUGCUCCUGUGGAGCUACUUGACUGUAGUUUUCACGGACCCAGGUUCUGUUCCUGAGCAUCUCAGAAGAGAGCUCGAGGGUGAUAACUUGGAGGCUGCUGCUUCGACAGAUCCAGGAGCUUUUGGUUACUGUCCCAAAUGCCGGAAUGUUAAGCCGCCUCGUUGCCAUCAUUGUUCUGUUUGUCAAAGGUGUGUUCUUAAGAUGGAUCAUCACUGUGUUUGGAUUGUUAAUUGUGUUGGAGCGCGUAAUUACAAGUUUUUCCUUCUCUUUCUGUUGUAUACUUUUCUCGAGACAUUGUUGGACGUUGUAGUAUUGCUUCCAAGUUUUAUCAAAUUCUUCAGCGAAGCUAUGAAGCAUUCUUCCUCUCCUGGCAAACUGGCCUCACUCGUUCUGGCAUUUGUUCUUAACUUAGCAUUCGUUCUCAGCCUUCUCUGUUUCGUAGUCAUGCAUGUCUCUCUUCUCUCAACAAACACUACUUCAGUCGAGGUUCAUGAGAAAAAUGGAGAUGUCAGAUGGAAAUAUGACUUAGGAAAGAAGAAAAACUUCGAGCAGGUUUUUGGGAAGAAGAAAGCGUUUUGGCUCCUCCCAUUGUACUCUAAAGAUGAUCUCCAUAGCAUAACUUCACUCAAAGGCCUUGAGUUUCCGACUCGUUCUGACAUCAACCCUUGAUUGAAACCAAGAAUCAAUCAAACAUCGUCGCAACUUUCCCUCCAUUGUAGUUAACUCUGUCAAAAUGUAUUCUGAUAGCACAUUGUGAUAGUGAAAAUUGAUUUGAUUCAUUUGUAUACUACAUACCAACAUCAACUAUACCAUCUUGUUUAAAGUCUGAGUUCGUUACUUGACAUGUUGUGUUUCCCUUAAUGAUUUGAUGUUCUUUCACCUAUUCCGU